AGAGGGGAGGACUGCGCAUGUGCGUAUCGAUGGUGCCUGAUUGUGCUAGGGGCCGCCGAGGCUAUCCCAGAGGGAAGGCUUCCCGCGCAGGAGUCUGGCCCACGUGAUUCAAAGGAGCGGGUGGCCCUGUUUGAAACCGCGGCACAGAGAAACAGGCGCGCGCCGGGUGCUGGGAGGGAGCGCGCGGCGCGCGGGCGGAGUAGGAUGCUGGGUGCAUGGGGCAUGCAGCGAUGUCACCAAGAGGCACUAAAGAAGAACCGGGUGUCCCUUGCAAAGCAGUUGGUGUUGAAGGAGUUGCUGGAGCAUCUGAUAGGGCGGGAUAUUAUCACCACAGAGAUGAUGGAAACGAUACAGGCCAAGGAUGGGAGUUUCAGCCAAAAUGUGGAAUUACUCAAUCUGCUGCCCAAGAGGGGCCCCGAAGCCUUUUCAAUCUUCUGUGAAGCUCUACGAGAAACCAAACAGCAGCACUUGGAGGAAAUGCUCUUGAAGACCAUACCAAGCCAGAACAAUGGGAUUUCAAGGCUGGGCCAGGACUGCGAGUCAAGUGUUCUAUUCCCAGUUCGUGAAUCCUGCUUGUCACCAAAGAGGCCACGCUGGAUUGGUGAGCCGAUGAACCAUUCCUUAGAUAAUGGAGAUGGUCCUCCUUGCACUAUGGUGAAGCCAUGCACCCCAGAAUUCUAUCAUGCUCACCAGCAUUUGGCAUAUAAAUUGAUAUCACAGCCCCGGGGCCUAGCACUUGUGCUCAGCAACAUACAUUUCAGCAGCGAAAAGGACCUGGAGUUCCGCUCAGGUGGAGAUGUGGACUACACUGCUCUGGAGAUGCUCUUUAAGCAUCUUGGUUACAGAGUGACUGUCCUACAUGAUCAAACUAUGCAGGACAUGCUGGAGGCAUUGCAAAGGUUCUCUCAGCUACAAGCACACCGAGAUGUGGAUUCCUGCAUUGUGGCCCUACUCUCACAUGGCAUUGAGGGUGGGAUCUAUGGAGUUGAUGGCAAGUUACUGCAGUUGCAGGAGAUUUUCAGGCUCUUUGAUAAUGCAAACUGCCCAAAUCUCCAGAACAAGCCCAAAAUGUUCUUCAUUCAGGCCUGUCGUGGAGAUGAGACAGACCGAGGAGUGGAUCAGAAGGAUGGGAAAGAGCGCUCUGACUCUCCAGGCUGUGAGGAGAGUGAUGCCAAUAAGGAGGAGAAUCCCAGGCUGCGAUUGCCCACAUGUUCUGACAUGAUCUGUGGCUAUGCCUGUCUGAAAGGCACAGCUGCCAUGAGAAACACCAAGCGCGGAUCCUGGUAUGUCGAGGCACUCACUUCUGUGUUUGCCGAGGAUUCUCAAAACAUGCAUGUGGCUGACAUGUUGGUGAAGGUGAAUAGACUGAUCAAGCAGCGAGAAGGCUAUGCCCCUGGCACAGAGUUCCACCGAUGUAAGGAGAUGUCAGAGUACUGUAGCACACUCUGUCGAGAUCUUUACCUUUUCCCUGGCUAUAUUCCUAGAGACUAACCCUGCUGUUCUGCUCUGAUGGAUGUACUGUCUAAGCUUCCAUGUGGAUGGCCACAUUUUUGUUGUCAGUCUGGGCAUUUGGCAGCGCAGGCCACAACAGGCAAUGUCCCUUCAAGACUGGACAUUCGCCCUGCUUGUGUGAAUCUCACUAAUUCUUCUGUCUGGGAGAAUAUGGCAACUGUUGGUGACCUCCAACUCAGUUCAAGGUUUAAAAUCUUAAUGUUCCACUGGCUUGUCUCACUUUAAACUGCUGGGCCCAGGAGAUUCAACAAAGGAGUAGGGGCAGUGGUGGCAGCACUUUCUGAAUGAAAGGACCUGUGGGCGUGUUUGGUGUCCAAGAAAGUGAAAUCGGAGUUAGCCUUUUCUUUCUUAAGGAAAAAAAAUCUUGGAAACCUUGGGUCUGUUUCUUAAGAAAAUAAGUUCAACAUAGUUUUUAUAAAUUGCUACUUAAUUUUUUAUACCGCUUAACUUUUUUACUUUUUUAAAAAAGAACAAGAACACUGUUUUUCUGCCUGGUUUCCAGAUCUGCCACUAUGAAAUACAGGAAGGGAUGCCUUCCUCCCAGUAAAACAAUCUGUCACCAGUGAGAGUCUAUGGUGAAGGUUCUUUCUUUGUUUCCUAUAUGCACCUAAGUUUAACACUCAUCUACCCCCCCCCCCUUUUUUUAAGUCCUGAUAUUUUUGCAUGUUUCAUGUGUUUUCUGCAGCCAUAGGAUAAUAUCAGAUUAUCUGGAGAAGUCAUUGCUUUGAUUUGGUUCUGAAAGCAAAGGCAUGUUUCUAAGUCUAACUCUUGUCUUGGAAAUAUUUUGAGUCUGGGAAGUCCAGGCUUAUUUCCUUCAUGAGUUUCAAAUGUGAGUUAGUGUACAAUUUUAAUAACCCCUCUAUCACAUCCACAUCUCAUUGCUAUAUUGUUUUCUAACAAUUUGAAUACUCCAGCAGGCUUCUGAGGAGUAUAAAUUGUUCCAUCCUAGUGGCUUCCUAGUGUUUUGUUUAAGAAAUGUAUAAAUCUUGUUCCUUGCAAGAAGCUUGUAACCUUGGUUCUUCAGCACAGUGACUUUCUUUCCUUUUAAAGUUUCUUAAAAAGUAAAGGUUGCAGAAUUCAGCUUCACUUCCUUUGCCCAGAACUUUUGCUCCCCAGCUAUGUUCAGCUAGAGAUCUUUGAUUGUCCACUGUUCAGUGCUACUGCACAAGGCCAGUCAGAAAGAGAUGGAGUAUGACACUCCAUAUAUUGGAAUCUAUGCAGUCUCAUUUACAGUACCGCAAUUAUUUCCCACUCCAGGACCUGCCCUGGCUUGUGAGCAGGGAGAUACAGGGGCCAUCCUGCACCCUUACUUUGUUGUCCUGUCGUGUUUCAUGGUAGCUGGAGCCCAGAAGUACUGAAUUAGGGUCUGAAUUCCUGAGCCUACAUUUUCUCUACUCUUGCAGCAUGUUAGCACCCUCUAAACUGGAUUCCUAUCUGGGUCUCCUUUAUUUAAAAAAAAAAAAAAACUGUUGAAUUUUUUUAUAUAUUUUUUUUUUAAAAUUGAGAAAACAAAGACGUUGAAGGAUCUGGAGGGAGGCCAGAAGGCUAGUUGUCUGUCCUCCUCUCUGCCCAGCAGAUAUGAAGGCCAUAUUCUUUCAGUAAGAGAUGUGCUUCAUGCAGCCGAGGGGCAGAAUACCAGUGAUGAUAUCUGUCAUUUGGCUCCUUAUCCUGGAGCUCAAGACAGCAAUUUGGGGUAAUUUCUCUCUGGAUGAAAAGUUUUCCUCUGAAUGCUCCCUCCUCAGAAAUAAUGCAGUGUUGUACAAUAUAUGAGUGUCAAUGCAGCAUCUCCUCAGUUGGUGAAGAGAACUCCAGUAGAGCUGCACCAGGUCUGUGUCACUGCCACUUUCAUAUAUACUUUUUGUAUGCAUGUAUGUACUGCCUCUGGAUGCCAAAUACAGAGAUCUUGUUUGGUUA